GGUUUACCAAAACUUGGACGGAUCUUUUCGACAGUCCAUUUGAACAUUCCCACUUGUGUCGACUUCACAGUACGUUUUCACCAAUGAUUAUUGAAGCGAAAUAUGCUACGUUGUGGAUAGGCAAUACCCCAUGCACACAUAUGCACUAACUUUACGUAAAUAUGAGGUGUGUCAUAUAACUUUUCUUCCCUUUCAGUAAACCAUGCUCGGGUCAACUAGUUUCAUCCGCUCCUGCCGCACAUUUACAUGGUUCACUGCUUUGUCUCGCAAGUUUUCUACUGAGUGCCACACUACUCUCCCUAACCCUGAAAGUUCCUCUCUAAUCCAGGUUGCUAAGCACGUAUCAGCUCCAACAAUCUUGGGGCAUCACAUAGUGACGGAAGAAUGUCUUACUUCUUUAGCAGGAGAUAAGCCUUUCUACCAACUUCCUGUGCUUCAUGUCCUUGCGAAAAAGAACAACAUGUUCGUUACGUUAACAGAUUGCAACGGAAGGAUCCUCAUUAGAUCGAGCUGUGGAGCAGAAGGGUUCCGCAAUGCUCGCAAAAGGACCACAGUCGCUGCCCAAACUCUCGGCAUCUCCAUUGGUUUGAAAUCUGUAAAAUUGGGAGUCACUUCGGUACGAGUCAGACUCCAUGGAAUAGGCCCUAAUCGUUUGUCUGCUCUUUCAGGUGCUGCAAUGUCUGGAUUGCAGUUCGUUUCUCUGACCGAUGAUACGAAUGUGCACUAUGGACAUGGAAGAAGACCUCCAAAACCUAAGAGCAAGUAGACUUUCUUUCACUGAACUUGUCCGCCGAGUUAAUCGGCGUCUUUGUAACCAUUUUAUCACCCGAUCUGACACUAUCAAUGUGCAUUGACGUCGGUUCGAUUGAUGGUGAAACGUUUACUACCGAAUUCUCUCCAUCGGUAGCUAAACACAUUUGUACUAUACCUUGCACAUUGUCUCUUGUUACUCCUUUUUGCGAUAAAUUCACUAUUUCACCACUAUUUUGUUGUUUCUUCUGCUAUCCUAAAAGUUCUAUUUGAGUGAUGGGUACGAACUUAGGGUUUGAAUAUCGAUAUCCAUUCAUUUUUCUUUUCCUCUCUCGAGUGGCAGUAGC